AUGAACGAGAGCAUCACCCACAUCAACCUUAGAUCGAAUAACAUCGGAGAUGCUGGGGCACAGGCGUUGGCGGACGUGCUGAAGGUGAACCGCAGCAUCACCCACACCGACCUUUUCGACAAUCAAAUCGGCGAGGUCGGUGCCGAGGCCAGUCCCAGGUGCCAGGCGCCCUGCCCCGAUCGAGGGCGCUUGGCUCCUUUCGCUCCAGGCACUGGCCGAGGCGGCGCAGGAGAACGACGCCAUCCUCGAGAUCAACCUUAA